AUGGAUGAUACUCUAAGUGAAACCGAUAUUCAACAAUUUGUAGAACUACUUUAUGAUGUAUCAAGUCAAGAUGUUACAUUUGAAGAAGCACCUUUGGAGAAUGCAAUUGGUUGGGUUUGUUAUGUAAAGAAUCAUAUAGAUACACUAUAUCAAGCUGAAAAGAAAAAGAAUGCAAACAAGAAUAGGAGUCUAAAGAAUCUGUAUGAUUCUAUUAAAAACAAGAUGGACAAGGAAGCUGCUAAUAGAAAACAACCUCUCAUACCAUUUCAACUUGACUUUAUGAUGAAUCUAUAUGACUCUUUUGUAUCCCUCUUGUUGGAUCGUAUACAAUCAAAUGAUUGGAAUCUUCAACUAUUGAUUAAUCUAUCAUCUCGUAAUGAAGAUUUAUUAAAUUCAUUAUUUAAAAUUUUAAAACAAUUAAAAUGUAAAUAUAAUGAUGUAAAUGAAUUAAAAUAUUGGAAUAAUCUAUUAAAGGAAAAAGAAAAGAUUAAUGGAGUAAAAGGUGUUGCAGAUGCUAAGAAAUGGAAUAUAUUGGAUGACCCAAUUCAAGUGGAAAGAAAGACAUGUGCAAUGUUGGUAUUGGAUAGUGUAGUAGAGAAAAAGAAGGAAUUAAAGGGUGGAGGAUCGGCAUUUGAUAGCUAUAUCAAACAUUUAUUGAUUGACAUGUUAACAAACAAAGAUAAUCCAGAUCAAUAUCAACAUAAUCUAUUCCUUUGGGUGUUUUAUUGUAAUGCAACUGAAUAUGGUACAGCACCGUAUCCAAUAGAUCCAACAACUGCACUGUCGAUUUUAAAAAGCAUUCAAAAUCGUGAUAGAGUCACAUUCAACGCCAGGGGAUGCCUAGAUAUUCAACUAGAGUGUUGUAGACUCACUCAACCCUUUGCCGACUACCAUGUCAACUCUUUGGCCACAGUGUUUCAACACUACCUAUUUAAAGGGUCACAAUGUUCCUAUGGUGAUUCUAUACAAGCUCGAUCAUUCAAAAUACAUACGACUAGAGUUUGA